CUCUCUGGAAGCUUUCAUAUCUUUCACGAUGUCAACCAACGCAAGCACUUCUCAUACUAUGUCUCGACAUACGGCAGGAUUAACGAACGAUCAUGAAAAGCGCAACCCGCAGGGUGGUAUCUACACCCCAGAGUUCGCCUCCUUCAACCCCAGUCAACCAUGUGACUCGUUUAUUUCCGCCGCUGUUCUCCCGCAUCAUCAGGUUCAAACACACAUCAGCCCCACCUAUCCAGUCAUCCCCCGCAUUCCUGAACUCCCUGCUCAAUAUCCAUGGUAUGGUGGAAGCGGGUACAAUGCGCCUACCGAUUUGGAGCAUUGGGACUUUGUUACCAGGCUUCAGCCAGGUAUCGUACCUCAGAACGAUUGUCACCAACCUGGCACACUACAAGAGAAUGUUCCUUGGAAUAGCUUCGUCAUCCCAACAGCAAUGUCUUCAUCAACCGGGAAAGCGGACGGCCAAGUUGAAGGGCUAAGUUAUCUCCUGGUUAAUGCAAUGAUUCCAAGCCCGCUUUCACAGUUGAUUUGGAAAAUGCAAGUUCCGGCAUCGUACCCACGUCGUAUCAGCAUGCCGCCGACCGAUGGGUAUAUGAGGGACACAGAGUGCCCUGCACACUCCCAAGCGGUCAAGUGUACACACAAUGAGCCACAGCUGAGGCAUGCACUCUACAAAGCGUUGGACUUCCCCAGCUAUCGGAGAUAUCGUGAAUUCGAAAGAGUCUAUCAUGCACUACGUUCGUGGGUCUGUCUGUUCAUGGAACCAAAACCCCCGGACCCACCUGCACAGAAACUCAACCGGUCCGAGCUCGGACCGGCCCACUUAGCCGAGAUCGGUUCGAAGCUUAUCUUCCGAGAUCUAUCCGAUCAUUAG